AUGCCACUUGGUUGUGGUGCGCGGUUUCUCAACGGCAGCGGCUGCGCCCCCGGUAACGACGUUAGCGUCGACCUUAAUGGGAAAGUACCCGAAUUUAUUGACAUGCAGCCGUGCAGGGAGAAAUCGCAUAGUGCUGCUCGCCUAUCUAUAGUUUCAGAUGACAGCAAUGUCCACGCUGCGGAUCAAGCCAGGCUCCGAAUCAUAGCCCGGGACGUGCGCCCGCUGAAUGUUACAAAACCGGAAAUCGCCAGCGUCAGAUUAGUAGAGAGAUCUGUGCAGCAAGAUCAGGGUACGCACGUCAGCAUUGAUGGCUAUUCUCUGCUGCUCAGUGGACAAGUCGCUGGAUACUUGCGCACGCUGCAGCAGUUUCUUGAUUUUGAAGUGCUAGAAUGUGUCAAGCAGGAAAUCGAUCGCCAGAUCUGGUUCGUGGUUUCUCUAACGCCGCAUCUGAAGAAAGAGCCACCAGAAAAUGCAACCAUUGGAUUGAUACCAGGUAAGCGAUCCGCAACACAUGAUUCUUUUCUAUGGCUUGCACGUCACCUCCUGAUGGAGCGUCUCUUCGGCAGCACCCUGGAGCCGUCGCCUCGAAUUCCCAGCUGCGGCGUUUAUCCAUGCACAGCGUGCGACGCGAGAGAUAACAGGCACUCUGCGACGCCCAAGCGUUUUCGCUUGGCGCAAGUUAUCCGCGUUUUACCAUCGAAACUCAAAGCUUUCCUGCAUUUGAAGCACAGAGCGAUGCAGCACCUCGAGAACAUCUAUGCGUCAGCGUAUACGCAGUGCUCCUCGUUACAAACUCUGCCGGAAAAUGUGCUAGUGCAGAUAUUUCAGCACACAGAUAGCCCAACGAUUUUGGCGCUUGGUCAGCUGUCGAGUUGGUUCCGCUGCCUAACGAACCCGAUCGUACCCGAGCUGAAUGUGGAGCUGUUUAAGCACCAGCAGGCAGCUGUCUUGUGGAUGCUCUCGCGCGAGCGUCAUCGAGAGCACCGAUGCGGGCCAGUAGCGCCACUACCCCAGUGGAAAAACCCUCUUCUUCAGCAUUUGGACGGAGAUCUCUAUUUCAACUGGAUGCAUCGGCGUCUAGAGCGCAAUCAAAGCACCUGCUAUGAUUGUCGCGGAGGGUUGCUCUGUGAUGAGCCUGGUCUGGGCAAAACCGUAACUGCACUUGCGCUGAUCGCACGUACACGCAGUACAAUUCCCGCCAUUCCAUUGUUUUCCGUAGACGUUGAGUACUUCGGCUCUUCGGAAACCGAUUUGGCCGUCUUUAUUUGUAAGCAAACACUACAAUUCCUGGACCAGGUUAUUGAGAAAGCGCGAGCGAGGCUGAGCAGAGCAAGUUUGGAUGAAUUCACACAGGAUGUUGGAGCAGUGCGCAGUCGGCUGGAGGAGUAUUCAGAUAUGUUUCACAACCACAUCAACGGAUGCUGUACGGGACAGGUACCGGAACUGCUGCGGUUUUUGGGCAACUGGCUACAAUGCCACGAAGGUGUGCUGUCAUCGAUCGUCGGAAGCGUUGCCGCUAAGGGCGCUAUAGGAGCUUAUCUGCGCCUCGUGGUCCAGCAAAACCCAUACACAGCAAAGACUUGCGUAUUGCCGCCAUCGGAAAUGUUAUAUGUGCAGCCGGGACGCGAAAAACUUUGGUUCUUCAUUGUUAGCGGAAAAUAUCUGCAGGGACCGAGCGGUUUUCUCCGUCUCGCAUCGGAGGGCAUUCCCGCUGCCUCCGCUGCGGGUGCUCGCUUGUGCAGGGGAGCCUCGCGGAGCACAAUCCUGGAAUGCGCGGGUCUGUGCGCGCUGGCGAAUGAACACACUGGAAACCAGGGCGCGGACGGUACGCUGCUCAUGGAGCCAUCAGAGUACGCGCAGGGACCCAGCGCAGCGAUAGAGCCGUUUGCGAUGCCAUUUCGGAGACGGUGCAAGAGCAGGCGCGUACCAGAAAUAGAGUGUGCUUUCGACUAUCACCUUAUUGUCUGCGUUCCAACGACACUUGUAGCAUUACCCGAGAACCUGAUACCUCAUUGGACGGUUCAGAUACGUCGUCUCGUGCGAGCACCACAUGAGCUCCGCUACUGCCUCUUCAGCCAGAUUCGAAAUGCUGUGGUGCGGGAAAUCGCCGACUACGAUGUCGUCUUCAUAUCAUUGAACGAACUUCGCAGCGAGUAUAGCUCACUGGUUCGUGGGCUGAGCAUUUUGAAUCGGGUUUAUUGGCUACGUAUGAUUAUCGACGAGGGACACUCACUGGGUUCGCUUUCAUGCACCAGUCUGCAGCGCUGCUGCCUCAUAGUACUAGCAGAGCGGCGAUGGAUCAUGACUGGAACUCCAACUCCAACUACCAAGAGUGGAAUUGCAGAGGUGCAUCACCUGUACCCACUUUUUUCCUUUCUUGGACUGGAACCGUUCGUAUGGGCGCGCCGUGCGGUCUUCCAGCAGUGCGUUCAGCGACCGCUGGAGCGCGCACUAGGCUACGAGGGCAUUCAUAUCCUACAGCAAACUCUAGACCAUAUCAUGAUCCGGUCCACGAAGGAAGAGGUUCAGGACAUACCUCAUCUGGAAGUACGCGAUGAAAUGCUUUCUUUCACCAAAGAGGAGGCGGAUGCCUAUAAUGCGCUUGUGUCCGUAGUCAAGCGUAAUUUGUUCCUAGCUGACUUUUUCGACGAGAAUCAUCGGGAAUCGCUUUUGAAUCCCGAAAACAGAAAAUCCGCGCGAGUUGUACUGCAGAACCUAAGGCUCUGUUGUUGCGUGACAGGCCAUAUGAAAUUUGAAGUUAUUAGAGAGGAACUCGAAGAGCUUCUUCGCACCUUAAGACAAUCUAUGCAGGCUGCAAAGGACAAUACGAGCCCAUCGUUGGGCUUUCGUUGCGGUGCAAAGCGCCACGUACCUGAGACGAAUCAAGACUGGUGGAGCCCCUGUAGCGGGGACGCAAUUGCUGAUUUCGAAAACGGAAUGGAUCGAGCUGUGAGCACCGGAAGCUCCACUCUAGCCCAAUCAUCCGAUUGCAAGCGGAGAAGAGCCCAGGUCCUGAUGAAGCAUGAUCACUCUGCGUGGAACGCUUUGGACGCCGCUCCAGCUGCCCCAGUGCGGCGGUGCCUCUGGUCGCUGAGCCCGAGCUUGGCAGCAGGCAACCUGGAUCCAGAGCUUGCACAGACGGGGACCCAAUCGACGGCGGUCGAAGCGCUGCGCUACCCCAUGCAAGCAUUCGAGUCUACGGGCAUAGAGACGGGACCUUUCGCACAACGCUGCGCACAACCUUUGCCCCCCGCAGAAUCUCCUGGAGAACACUGUGGUGGGCCUCCAGCGCUCGGCGACGCCGGCGCCGACAUUGCCGCGGCACUGUCACCAGUCGAUUACAUAGAAGAUAGACUACGUCAUAUUGAGCGCGUGCUUCGCGACCCUGUAUAUGCCCAAGGCUGUAUUUGCGAAUCCUGUGGUCGCAUUGGCUCCCUCAUGCCAAUCGUUACGCCGUGUGCUCAUAUCCAGUGCCUUGACUGUGCGGCUACGAAUAGGUAUGCGUGCAACAUAUGUGGCCGCAAGUAUGUGCUCGGUCGCCGCCAGGAGCCGGUCGAUUUGAUCGAAAUGCAGCCCAGCUUCACUCAAGAGGCCUGGGUUCCCAGGUGGGAUCGAAAAAUGACGAGUAAGAUCGCCCGCAUGCUGCAGCUUCUCGGAGAGUGGUCCAGCGCGACAUACACAGCGAGCCGGGAGGGCGCUCCCUGUUCUGAUCAAGGAGGCAACAGCAGACAGAGUUGUGUUGCGCACGGCAAGCGGGAAAAAGUGAUCAUUUACUCAAACUUUGCUCAUCAUUUCGACGUCAUUCACUACCAUUUGUGUCAAGGAAAUUUUGACUUUGCAUACUAUUGCUCGCGCUUGAGUCCAACAGAGCGACGCGCUCAGAUCGACCGGUUCAUCUACGAUCCGCACACUUGGAUCCUCCUGAUGGAUGAAAAAGGCGCACUGGGACUCGACCUCAGCUUUGUAACACGCAUGAUCAUCAUGGAACCUGUUUGGAAUCGCUCCCAAGAGCAUCAGAUCAUAAGCAGAGCGCAUCGUAUUGGAGCGAAGCAGCGGGUCAUUGUCUAUCGUCUGAUGAUGGUGGACAGUGUCGAGACAGAUCUGAUCGAUAUGAGUUCGGAACCGACACAUCAAAAUGGUACUGCGCGCAACUCAGACCGCCUUUCUGAUGCCGGGGAGACAGACUCAUACCAAUACUCUGGUGUGGAUGCGUCACCAAAAAAGUCCAGUGGGAUUUCUCUGAGUAACAAGGAAAAAGAGGAAAAGCUCCGCCGAAAUCGUCUACUGCAACGUCUACAUUUUGUCGUGGCAGCAUCCGGCCGCCCGGGCACAAUCGCUUUCCGCCGAGUUCAGGUUUUCCGCAAGGGAGCGGCUCCCAUGCCAUGA